GACAUGCUUUCUUUGGAUACUUGGAACAGCAGCGGGGCGUCCGUGUACGCGCUGUACCUAAUUACGGCUGCCCUCUCCCUUCUCAUAUACAGCCAGCGAGAGAGUUACCCCGACCUACCCCGGCUGAACCCCAAGAAAAUCACAGAGCUGACAUGGAGCGCACGGCUUUUGGACUAUGCGAAACGAAGUCAAGAGCUGCUAGCUGAAGGCACACGGCAGUUCCCAGACAGGCCCUAUAAGCUCUUCACAGACUUGGGCGAUGUGGUUAUGAUCCCAAGCAGGUACGCCGAGGAGCUCAAGAGUAGCCGCAUGCUAGAAUUCAAUAGAUCGGCUCGCGAUGCUUUCCACGGUUAUAUCCCCGGCCUUACUCCGCUUCACACCGAGGAUAGAAUGAGAUACGUCAUUCAGAACUACAUGACUAAGACCCUUACAAGUCUAACAGGAGUAAUGUCACUAGAGGUUUCUAGGGCCCUUGGCGAUAUAUUUCCUAACUCUAAUGAGUGGACCGAGGUGACGCCCGACCACAUCAUGCAUGUUAUAUCGCGCAUGUCGUCGCGUAUCUUCUUAGGUGAGGAGCUCUGCAAUGACAAGGAGUGGAUCCAGGCGUCGUCAGAGUAUAUAACUCUUGCCGGCCAUGGCGUCUUUGAGCUAAGCCGGUGGCCGCGUUUAACACGUCGGUUCGUACACUGGUUCUUGCCGACCUUUGCUGAGAUCCGCCGCCGGCUUAUUCGCUGCCGCGCUGUCCUACAGCCCCAUAUCAACCGCCGUAUUGCUAUUAAAAAGGCCGUUAUUGCGCGAGGGGAGCCAAAUCCGUAUAAUGACUCUAUUGAGUGGUUCUCGCGUGAAUUACGCCCCAACGCCGACCCAACUGAAGUACAAAUCAACCUAACUAUACUUGCCGUCCAUACUACAACCGAUCUGCUAGCCCAGACCAUGAUGGACAUUGCAAAACACCCUGAGAUCCUUGGCCCCUUGCGCGAAGAGACAAUUCGUGUCCUCCGAACUGACGGCCUCAAAAAGUCAGGCUUACAGAAGCUGCGCCUCAUGGACGCCACCUUCAAGGAGUCGCAGAGGCUGCGACCCCUCUUCCUGCCCUACUUCCGACGCCAGGCCCUAGACGACAUUGCCCUAAAAGACGGCUUUGUUAUUAAAAAGGGCACUAUUGUCGCUAUGGAUGGGCGCACAGUGCUGCUCAACGAAAAGGACUACCCAGAGCCACUACGUUGGGAUCCGUACCGCUUUAUACGGAUGCGCGAGACAGGCGAGGAGAACAAAGCGCACCUAGUCAGUUCGUCAAACAAGCAUAUCGCCUUCGGUCACGGCAUUCACGCCUGUCCUGGCCGAUUCUUCGCUAGUCAUGAGCUUAAAAUCGCCUUCGCCCAUAUCCUCCUUAAAUACGAUUGGAAGCUGCCAGAGGAUGUGAAAUGUAUGCCUAGCUUGACAGCAGGCUCGCACUACCUGCUGCCUCCUAAUACUAGGUUCUUGGUCACUCGGCGCAAGGAGGAGCUAGACAUAGAUGCACUAGAGUGCUAAAGAGAGGAAAUCUAGGAAGACAGCGUUAGGGAAGUACUAUAAUAUGUUGUAUUGAUAGGCUAGUAUAAAGUCAGAAUUAACUAGUUAUACGUCC